GAAGAACACUACAACUUGGCGACGAGGAUUAAAGUAAAAAGGACGGCUACGAAAAAAAAAAGAUGGCGACUAGUGUAAGAGUGCAAGUGCCAGAAUUUGACCACGAUGGUGACUGGACAGUAUAUAGCGAACGACUGGAACAGUACUUCAUCGCUAAUGGAAUCACCGCUGAACCAUUAAAGGUCGCAAAUCUAUUAAGUGUAGUGGGACCAACCACAUACUUAUUACUGAGAAGUCUGUGCAACCCGUACUUACCCAAAGACAAAACCUAUGCGGAGUUGUGUGCCAUUUUAAACAAACAUUUUUGUCCGCAAGUGAGUGCGUGGAGAGAAAGGAAAAAAUUUUACGAAGCCAAACAAGAUGGCGGAGAGAACGUAGCAGCAUGGUACGCACGUGUGUGCAGUUUGGCGGUAAAUUGUGGGUUCAACAAUACGUUGACGGACAUUGUGAAAGAUAAAUUUAUAACGGGGUUAAGAAAGGGCGAAGUUUUUGACCGAUUGUGUGAAGAGAAGGUUGAUGAAGGGCUGGACAAAUUAAAAAACCUAGCCAUCCAGCGUGAAAACAUGAAGAUCCAACGAGGUGAUAAAGAAAGGAGCAGUAGUGGUGAAGGAGAUUUAAAUUUUAUCGGAGGAAAGGCGAGACCAGGCAAAGGGAAUAGUUCAGGUAUUAGAGAACAGCAGCAGCGGCAGUUUCGACACCAAGGCGCAGGAUCGGCAGUUGAACGGCAGGGCGACACUUCCCGUCGAACGGAACACGCCCAUCGCAACGGAAGACAAAUGUCAAGGCCGGGAGGAGGAAGUAGCAACAGCGCCAACUAUGGUCGCAAGGUGACAGGAGAGGUUAGAAGAAAUUGCCGAGUGUGCGGAGUCUCUCAUGCAGGAAGGUGCAACUACAGGGAAUACAUCUGCAGAACGUGUGGUGUUAAGGGCCAUUUAUCUAAGGUCUGUAGAAAGAAAAGCAACUUAAAUUACAUGGAAGAAAGCAGGUCGAUUCCCUUGGCUUAUAAGAAGGAGAUGGAGGAUGAGUUGAACAAGAUGGUGCGACAAGGAAUAUUGACGCCCGCUCAACAUAGUGACUACGCCACUCCAUUAGUGCCAAUAAUAAAGAAGGAUGGACGCAUACGCAUCUGUGGCGACUAUAAGUCGACCGUAAACCGAUAUUUGAUGGAGGAGACUUAUCCCUUACCACUUAUCGAAGAGUUAUUUGCUAAGCUUCAUGGAGGCGAGAAGUUCACUAAGCUGGAUCUCUGUUCAGCAUACAUGCAGUUUCUUCUGGACGACGAAGCACGAAAGCUGCUCACGUGGAGCACGCAUAAGGGUCUGUUUCACAUUAAUAGAAUGCCAUAUGGCAUCGCCCCAGCUAGCGGUAAGUUCCAAAAAUACAUAGAACAGAUAUUCCAAGGUGUAGAAAAUGUCUGUAUUUAUCUAGAUGAUAUCUUAAUAACGGGUAGAAACAGAUCAGAACACUUACAAACUUUAAAAAAGGUAUUAAUGAUCUUGAGAGACGCUGGUUUGACUGUUAAACUUUCAAAGUGUGAAUUCUUUAAAGACACCUUAGAGUAUUUGGGUCAUAAUAUAUCCAAGGAAGGGUUAAGAAAAUCAGAGAGUAAAGUUAAAGCCAUUUUAGAGGCAAGACAGCCAGAAAACAUAAAAGAAACAAGGUCAUUACUAGGUGUAUUAAAUUUUUAUAGCAAAUUCAUACCUAAUUUUGCACAUAUUAUGAGACCCAUAUAUAGUUUGUUGAAACAAGACAGGAUAUUCGAGUGGUCAGACGAUUGUGAAAGGUCUUUUGAGAGAAUCAAGAAAUUAAUUGCGUCUGAUCUUGUGUUAACUCAUUUUAACCCCAACUUACCUUUAAUUCUCACCACAGACAGCUCCGACUAUGGCAUUGCCGCAAUACUGUCACACCAGAUGCCUGAUGGAGAGCGUCCCAUAGCCUGCUACUCGAGGACAUUACAGCCCGCUGAAGCAAAAUACAGCACGAUUCAUAAAGAAGCCUUGGCACUGUACUGGGGUACGGUGAAGUGCUCACAGUUCCUCAUGGGACGACGUUUCAUAUUACGGACAGACCACAAACCACUCAUAACACUAUUUGGUGAACACAAAGGUAUUCCCAAGAUGUAUGAAAACAGACUGCAACGUUGGGCAGCAUAUCUGUCGGGAUUCAACUACACCAUAGAACACAUAAAAGGCAAGAACAACAUGAUAGCUGACUACUUUUCAAGGGUGCCUUUGAAGUGCACAGAGGAAACUGAGGAUGAACAAGUAAGUUAUGUGAACUAUACUACUAACAAGAGUGAUUGGCCAAUAAAUAACGAAUUAAUCAGGAAAACAACAAAACAUGAUGCUUAUUUGCAAACAGUGAUAGAAUGUGUGGUUAAUAAUAGA